UUGCCCCCUUUGUUCUUCUUUUCAUUAUUAAGCUUUAUUCAUCUUUUCCCAUAUCAAACGUUACUAUAGAGCACCUUAUGCUUUCGCCAGCUAGAAUUAGAACUAUUUCGACUCGAUUCAUAUCAAAGUCUCUCAUAAAAUCAACUUUAUUCAAGCAUAAUACGGCUUUUAAAUCCGUCACUGUACCGUUUAUCAUUAAUAGACAACAGCAGCAAAAUUAUGCAACCAAAAAUGUUUCUUACACAGUCGAUAAAUUUCCAGGCUAUGUCCGAAAUGAUCAUUUCAAAAAGCUCACAGAACAGGACGUCGAAUACUUUAAGACCAUAGUGGGCGCCAAUAGUUUAAUCUACAAUAACCCAGAUGACUUGUUCCCAUUCAAUACCGAUUGGAUGCACAAGUUUCGUGGGCAAUCACAACUUGUCCUAAAACCGAAAACCACACAGCAAGUAUCUGAUAUUCUGAAAUAUUGCAACGAGCAGAAAUUAGCAGUUGUACCUCAAGGCGGCAACACUGGUCUUGUUGGUGGAUCUGUACCUGUAUUUGAUGAAAUUGUGUUGAGCUUGCAAGGAAUGAAUAAAAUAAGAGGUUUUGACAGUGUAUCAGGCAUACUUACAGCAGACGCAGGUUGUGUUUUAGAAGUACUUGAUAACUGGUUAGGAGAGAAAGGAUAUAUGAUGCCUCUGGAUUUGGGUGCAAAAGGAAGCUGUCAUAUCGGUGGAAACAUCGCGACCAAUGCAGGCGGUUUACGAUUAUUACGUUAUGGAUCACUUCAUGGUACUGUUUUGGGUUUGGAGGUUGUUUUGCCUGAUGGAACUAUUUUGGAUAAUAUGUCCACUUUAAGAAAGGAUAACACAGGUUAUGAUAUCAAGCAAUUGUUCAUCGGCUCUGAAGGCACCAUUGGCGUGAUUACCGGUAUUUCUAUCCUUACACCUCAUCGCUCAAAAGCAGUCAAUGUAGCUCUACUCGGGUUAAAUUCGUUUGAUGAUGUACAAAAAGCAUUCAAACAAUCACGUAUCGAAUUAUCGGAAAUUUUGUCAGCUUUUGAGUUCUGGGACAGUAACGCUCUACAAAUGUUUAAGAAGCACGCUACGCCCAAAUCAGUCAUGGAGAAGGAAUAUCCGUUUUACGUGCUGAUCGAAACAAGCGGCUCAAAUAAAGACCACGACGAUGAAAAAUUGACCAACUAUUUAGAGAAUAUGAUGGUAGAAGGAGUUGCGGAAGAUGGUGUAGUGGCUCAAGAUGAAACACAGAUUCGUAGCCUUUGGAGCUUACGUGAGGGAUUCACAGAAGCUUUGGGUAAAGAACCUGCUGUAUAUAAAUAUGAUAUCUCUAUGCCUGUGGAUAGACUUUAUGCAUGCGUGGAGGAUAUGCGUCAGCAUUUGAGAGAAGGAGGUGUGUUUGGACAGCCAGACUCUCCUGUUACAGACGUCGUAGCUUAUGGUCACGUGGGUGAUGGUAAUCUUCACUUGAACAUUGCAGCAAGCUGUCUGGAAAGUAGAGUUUCUCAGUUGAUAGAGCCUUAUUUAUUCGAAUGGGUUGCCAAUCACCAAGGCUCUAUCAGUGCAGAGCAUGGCUUGGGAGUGGCAAAGAAUGAAUUCUUGGGGUACUCUAAAUCGCCAGUGAUGAUACAGUUGAUGAAAACGAUAAAGAAUAUGCUUGAUCCAAAUGGCAUCAUGAACCCUUACAAGUAUUUGCCCUCACAUUAAAGAAAACCCACACCUUGCAUUUCUUUUGGAUUUUGCUAACCAAAAAAAAAAUGAAUUUAAAUCAGUGUCAAUUUUUUUCUUUUGGCAAUUAAAGCUGAUUUCCUCACACAAAAUAUUUAGCA